AUGGAUACCAAAAUAGCAUAUCCAAAGAUGUUGGCAUCACGGUAUGCUGGAGAAGUAGCCAGCCAUGCACAGAGGACCAAGGAAUUGUGCUCGUUAAAGUUGAAAACUUCUGGUCAGCAUGUGGAAGCAGCAUGGAAUGAGCUAUCAGCGAAACCACAUCUCAAAGAGCUUCUCUAUGGCAUCUUGUUGGCGAUAUUCGCCAUUUACGCCAUCUCGACGUACUACUUGCGCCAGCGUCGAUCAAUGACAGAUACCAGACCACCAACACCUACUGUGGAGAAAGCAAGCAGCAGAUUCAAAGCACCACCUCGAGAAUUCGGCAAAUGGACACCAUCAGAUUUCAAAAUGCCAAAGCCAGAACCAUACUCGGAUUGGUCUAUAGAGAACACAAAGCCAUUGCCAUAUCGACCUUUUAGAUAUGGAUCUAAGUACAACAUAACGAUGGGCCUGCGUAGUGCCAAGCACACGGAAUGGAUAGAGCUUGACAACCACUACCCGCACUACCAUGCCUCGAAAGCUCGAAGAAUCCGGGAGCGAGGGCAAAAGUGUUGCAAGACUGCCCCGGAGGCUUAUGCUGCUGCGAUGGAGCUGCUCGAAGAUUUAGUUGAGUAUUUGCCAGCGAGAUACCCAACCCUCUAUCGUCGCACGCCAACCGGCAUCGACAAUCUGUGGUCAGGCGAAAGUAUUAAUGCGACCGCACCACUAGCGGAGGACCCUAUUCAGACAUGUGCCCGCCUCGUCCAAGAUGACCUCGCUAUCAUGAUUGAGAAGGAGGAUGGUCAGUACUAUCUGUUGUCUGGGGCCAUCUUGCUUCCUGGUUUCUGGCGACUUGAAGACAAAUUCGGUAUGCCCUUGUCAGAGAUUCAUACAUCGGGCGACGUUCCUGGAUUCAAGGAGAAGCUCGAGAAGGGUAUGAUGAACUUCUUCCGUCGUAUCAAGCCGGAAGAAAUGGUCGCGAGGAAUAAUUACUUCCUCCAAGUGGACGACGAUCUUGCGUGGUCAUGGUCUAUUGGUAGUGAGGAUAGUCCUGAUAUCAGCUGGAAUACUGCUGAGGACGGUCGUGCUAUUGAGCAUCAUUAUUUCAGGAGCGAGAGACAGACCUUGAGAAGGUUGCCAAAGAGUGGUGGAGUUGUGUUUACCAUUCGCACCUACUUCUUGCCUGUGACGGGGAUAGUGGAGGAGAAAGGUGUACCAGGUCGUCUUGCGAGUGCUGUGCGUAGUUGGGGAGAUGAUGUUAGCAGGUACAAAGGGAAGGCUAAAUAUCAGAAUGUGCUCCUGAAGUAUCUGGAUGAGAAGCAUGAAGAGCAGAUAGCAACGUAUGGCGUGGGAGAGAUGGAAAGAGUUCAAACCGACUGGGAUGGUUAUCCCUUCUGA